AUGCCGUUCGCCAGAUCGCUCGCUGUCAACUUUGGACGCGUGGCUACCUUCAUCCAGGUCCUCUUUUACCUUCCGCUCGCUCUUGACAUUGCAGGCCAGGAUGCUUUUCUCGCGCUCUCAGCCUCUUUGGCCUCCUAUUAUCUUUUCCUAUCCACAGUACGGCUACUGACACGAGGAACGCGCCUCGCUUGGAUCGGCCAGACACUCGCCGUGUUUCAGUUCAUCGUGAUCCCAGCCUGCCUCUUGGUCUGCUUCAAUGUCUACUCCCCACCCUCUGCUACCAUCUUUCCGCCGCGCAGACCGGACAGUCUCGACAAGACCGCAACCGAGGCAAUCAGCACCUUGUUCUCCCGCAGACCUGGCGCCGUCUCGUUAGACUCGCUCGAUCCAGACGAUCUGCAUUCUCUCACUGGCUUCGACUCGCUCGAUCGUUUCGUGUCCACCUCGGUCGCCGUCUUCUUCUGGCUGGCGCGCCGCGUUCCAGGCUGGUGGUACACUCUUCUGCGCAUCUCGAGCCCCUUCUUCAGUCUGCUGGAGGGUGUCGCUUCCCUGCUCGUCAUCCAAUCGUUAGCAUCUACUUCGCGAUGGAUCAUCGCAUCCUCCCUCGCUAGCCCCUCGCCUCAAUACCAGCGAGCUUCUUCGCCGGCAUCGCCCUCGGCAAGGGGCGCCGCUUGGAUGUCCAACACCUUCCUCAUGCGCUCGCUCGCAUCCAUCGGGUUUGGCGCCAGCGAAGUCUGGCAGAUCUUCUUCCUGCUCGUCUCUGCCACCAUCUACGUCACCGCAGCUUUUGCCCUCUACGUCUCGUUCGAUGGCGCAACCAAGGAUCGACCCGGCACCGCCGCCGCCAUCGCCACCUCGGUCACAUCCACCCUCUGGCUCACAGCCAUCGCCUUUGCCAUUCGCAAGGGCAACGUCAUCGAGACCAGUCUCAUGUUUGCCUAUGUGGUCUUCAACAUUUACCAGCUCGGUCCGAGUCUUUCGUUCACGCCCGAUCCCAUCUCGCUCAUUCGCAGCUUCAAGGCCAACACUCAAGGUCGAGCUUUCGUGGACAAAUUGCCACGCUCUCUACAAGCACCUCUGACCAGCCAGAUCCUGCAAGCAGCGGGCGGCUUAAUCGAGGUCCUUGCUCACUGGCUGGGUCAAUCGGUCGACUUCAUUCAUGCUGCUGGCGCAGCUCUGCCCAAGUCGGUGAUCGUUUCAUUGAUCUACCGACUCAUGGUGCUGUAUGCCGCCAGCCGCAUUCUGCCCAUGCUCAAAGGCAGUGUCGCACCCCACCGCCACAACGAAGAUGGAGUCAACAGCAGAACCACCAGCUGGGGCCGCACGCGUGCUGGUCUCGACCAUGGCGAUGACGAGGAGACUGACUGGAGCUCGACCGGCAGCGAGUCGUCGCUCUCGUCCUUUGUUGGCACUGAGAUCGAGGAACUCGAAGAAGAGGUUUGGGACGACGAAGAGGGUCGCUGGAUUUUGCAGCGACGGAGGCUCAGGAGACGCAGAAGGAAAAGGACGCCAUUCGAUGGCGAGCUGGAGUCGGACAGCACCACCAACAGUGAAUCUAGUCGCGACGACGACGACGAGGGCGAACAUUAUUCUGAAGAUGACAGUGGAGUAGCGUACAAUGACGAUGGGACCAAGUCGCUGGCGGACGAGCUGAAGGAGCCUAUGAGUUUGGCAGAUAAACUCAAGUCUCCUCCUCCCCCACCGUCAAGGACGACAACGGCUGCGGCUGCGGUGGGAGGUAAGCGUGCAAGGCAACACAAGCGACCUAGAAAGGGCAAACUCGGCGGUCGUCGUGGAUCGCCUAUUCGCACCAGCCCUACUUCGCCUCGAGCCCGAACCAAAUCACUGCCCAACGGUGAUGCCUCCACAGAUCCAAGCAACUUCACCGCCACCACCACGGCUGCUGCUGCUGCCGACACGCACUCAGGCACCCCGUCGAAUCGCAAGCGACCCAACAUCUCACGCCCACCCUCCGAAGCAAGACGCCACAAACGUCCCCGUCGACCCACGCCUCCUUCAUCUCCUCCUUCUCCGACUCACCCUACCUCGCAAGGUGAAGCGUUUACGUCGUUCAUCUCGAUCCUGGUCAGCUACUCGCGCUUGAUCCUCAUCGCUGUCUACAGUCACCUGUUGCUGCUGGAUCAGAAGAACCAGAUUUACUGGCGCUUCUUGACCGUGGGGCUGACGCUGGUGCUGUGGGGGUUGGAGAUUGUGAUCUCUAAAGAGGAUGAUGUGGGCGUAGGCGGGGUGGGCGAGUUGGGCGCUGCUGCAGGAAGAGCGUGA